GUCGGGAACACAAAAGCGCCGGCAGAGAGAUCAGAGCGAGAAGGGAGAAGAUGGCAUCUACGGAGACGGCGGCGGCGAAACCAGAGACGCCGGCGAUACUGCACAACGAGAAGGAUGGGAAGUUCGAGACGGAGGACAAGGAGGCAUACCUCCAGUACGUGAUGCGGAAAGAGAAAGUAAUGGACAUCGUCCACACCUUCGUCCCUCCAUCGAAGCGAGGUCUGGGUAUGGCUUCUCACCUCUGCGUCGCCGCCUUCCGCCACGCCGGCGCCAAUUCCAUCUCCGUCAUCCCCUCUUGCUCCUACGUCUCCGACACAUUUCUUCCUCGGAACCCAUCGUGGGGAUCGAUUGUAGACUCCGGAGAUCCCAAAUCCAGCAUAUAGCGAAGACGCUGUAACCCACCUGUACCGAAUUUCGGAUUCAAGAAGACGACGACCGAUGACUGUAAUAAGUUCACGCUC